AUGGCUUUUGUGCAUGACACCUCCGUUGAGUACGCAAAAUCAGAGUUGGAUAUAUUUCAAAUACCACCUACGCAGACAAGCAUAGAAAAAUCGCUUUAUGUGGAGGUACAACCAAUCACUGCCCUUGCCGAUAACGCUCCUUUGGAGUUCUUCAUCUCUGGCAGCGGUGAAUAUUAUUAUGACCUCAAUAACACUCUGUUACACGUCGUUUGCCGAAUCGUUAACCCGGAUAACACACCCAUACCUGACGGAUCCCGCGUUACACUUAUUAACUACCCUAUUGCUAGCCUUUUUAACCAAUUGGACAUAACGCUGGGCGACACGUUGAUUUCCCGAAGUGACAACCUGUAUACGUAUAGAGCCUAUAUUGAAUCCCUAAUAAAUUAUAAUUCACAAACUUUGGCGGCGCAAUUUACGGCCGGUUUAUUCUAUAAAGACACAGCCGGUCAUCAUGAUGACCGGGCUCUCGACGGUCGAAACACUGGUUUCAACAAGCGCUCGCAGUAUACCGCACGCUCCAGAAGUGUGGAAUUAAUGGGGCCCAUUUACGGUGAUAUAUUUAAUCAACCUAAGCUAAUACUGAACGGGCUAGAUCUAAAGAUAAAGUUGACCAGAAAUAAAGACUCUUUCUGUAUUAUGUCUGCCGAGGCGGGUCAUUUUAAAGUCCAGAUACAGCACGCAUCGCUGUUUGUCAAAAGAGUUCAAGUAUCUCCAGCUGUGAGAAUCGGCCACAGUCGUGCCCUGUUAACCGCUAACGCUAAGUAUUCGAUCGAUCGAGCGUCGCUUAAAGUGUACAGUAUACCGGCAGGCACCCGCAUAUCCAACCAUGAAAACCUCUUUCUCGGAAACAUUCCAAAAACGGUAAUACUAGCGUUUGUGGACAACGACGCAUUUUCGGGGAAUUAUCAAAAAAACCCUUUGUGCUUCAAUCACUAUAAUGUGAAUUACGCAGCUUUAUAUUUGGACGGUCAACAAAUACCCGCAAAGCCUUUUCAAUCCAAUUUUCAAGGCGAAUCAGCUGUUCGGGAAUAUAUGUCACUCGUGCAUAUUUCGGGUAAACAAAAGGCUGACAACGCUUUAUCCGUGGAUCGGUCUGAAUUUUUGAACGGUUACACCUUGUUCGCUUUUGAUUUGUCACCGGAUCAAGAACCUGGCGGACAUUUCUCUCUAGUAAAAACUGGAAACCUCAGAGCCGAAAUUAGAUUUGCUGAACCGGUGUUAAACACUAUUAACAUGAUUGUUUACGCCGUUCAUGAGAACAUUAUUGAAAUUAAUAAUAGAAGGGAGGUUUUAUAUGAUUUUCAGUAA